AGCCGCUCACCUUUCGCAAAAAUCGAUCGAUUGUCGGCGUUUGGCAGACAACUCAAGCGAGGAGAUAAUCAUGAAACCAAUAAGCUUUCAGAAAUAUAAUUAAUAUACUCUAGGAGAUUCCACGAUACACAUUCCGCACCCGAUAAGCCAUCCAACAAUGUAGGUUGGAAGGAUAUCCCUUCCUCACAAUCGGUGCCUUAUUUUCCCAGGCCUAGCAUUAUCAUCGCGCAAGUGCUGUAAAAAUGUUUCAAGGAACUGAAACUGCAUCCAGCGUCACUUCGGAAUAUGCAUAUUCACCGUCCCAGCACGAAAGUGUUCAGCCAUCGUCGCUCAUGCAUUCCGUCCGGGAUCAAGAACGCAUUGACGGCGUCCGUUUUGUAUGGAACUGCUGGCCGUUUGACAAGGAGGACAUGGCCAAACUGAUCCUUCCACUGGGCGUGUUCCACACUCCUAUAAAACCGCGUUUCGACAUUCCGCCGUUCCGCUAUGAACCCGUAUAUUGUGCGAAAUGCCGCGCAGUGUUGAAUCCAUUCUGUCAGGCUGAUUUUCGGUCCAAAGGAUGGAUUUGCUGUUUCUGCGCUAACCGAAAUACGUUUCCUCCACAAUAUGCAGGAGCAAGCGAACAGCAACGGCCAGCCGAAUUAAUGGGAAAUUUUACUACCAUGGAAUACAUUUCAUCACGCCCAGUGAUGCCGCCCAUUUAUCUGUUCGUACUGGACACUUGCUUGGACAACGAAGAACUGUUCGCUCUCAAGGACGCAGUGGUGCAAGCCCUGUUGUCUCUACCAAAAAGCACUCUCGUGGGACUGAUUACGUUCGGCCGCACCGUCGCAAUACACGAUCUCAGCAUGGACAUCAUCAAGCACAGCUUCAUUUUUAAGGGCACUAAAGAUAUCUCCGCAAAAGUCUUGCAGGAUCAGCUUGGAAUUGGUCGAUACUCCGGUGUGCUGCAGCCGCUCCAGCAAAUUCCCAAAAAUCAAUCCAACGAAAAAUUCCCCAAUCGAUUUCUUCAACCGCUUGAGAUCUGCGAAAAGUUCAUCGCGGACAUCAUCACAAACAUAACGUCUGACCCGUGGCCGACAGCGAUCGGCAAGCGGCCGUUGCGAUCCACGGGAGCGGCGCUGAACACGGCGGUGGGGCUGGUGGAGAACUCCUUCCCCGGAACCGGAGCGCGGAUUCUACUGUUUGUCGGCGGACCGUGCACGCAAGGUCCCGGCAUGGUGGUCGGGGAUGAAUUUAAAAUACCUAUUCGCUCGCACCACGAUCUCAUUAUGGGCAACGCUCCAUUUGUUGUGCGCGCCACGCAGUAUUAUGAAACCCUUGCUCAGCGAGCAGUAUCGAACUCACACACAAUCGACAUAUUUUCCUGUGCUUUGGAUCAAACCGGACUUCACGAAAUGAAAAGUUGCUGUAAUUUGACCGGUGGUCAGAUGUUUCUGGGCGAUAAUUUUAAUUCCCAGUUGUUUUCGCAAAACAUGCAAGUCCUUUUCAAUCCUGACCAGCAUGGCGAUCUCCCGGUUGCGCUCAAUGCCUCUGUCGAAGUCAAGGCAUCGAAAAACGUCAAAAUAUGUGGAUGUUUAGGGCCGGCUGUGCCACAGGCCAACGUACGAUCUUCAUCGGUUUCCGACAAUAAUUUCAUGGGCACGGGUGGUACUUCCGAAUGGCGAUGCUGCUGUUUACUUAACAACACCACUCUGUGCUUUGUGUUCGAGACGUCGGGACAGGAAACUAUGGUAAACCCUCAAGAGAACCAAUUUUUUAUUCAGUUUAUGACGACCUAUCAGCACGCAACUGGGCAAAAGCGGAUAAGAGUCACAACAGUCAAUCGGCGCUGGUGCGAACCAAAUAGUCCCGAUAUCGCUGCUGGAUUCGAUCAAGAAGCAGCAGCAGUUUUGAUGUCAAGGAUGGCGGUUACCCGCCUGGAGACCGAACCAUUGGGGACCGAAGUGCGGCGCUGGAUCGAUCGAACUUUAGUCAGAACGUGCAAUAGAUUUGGGAAAUACACUACGGACGAUCCGAACACUUUUGGUUUGCCGGAAAAUUUCGCGCAUUUGCCAACCACAAUUUUUCAUCUUCGCCGAUCGCAGCUUCUGCAAACGUCCAACACUAGUUUGGAUGAAAGCGCAUUUUACCGCCAUUGCGUGCUGAAGCAGGAUGUGGUGUCAGCCAAUAUCAUAAUCCAACCAGUGCUGUACGCUUAUUCAUUGCAGGGACCACCUCUUUCUGUAAUGCUGGAUUCCACUAGCCUGCAGCCAGAUAGGAUACUGUUGCUGGAUACGUUCUUUCAUAUAGUAAUUUAUCGAGGGGAGACAAUAAUGCACUGGAUAAACGCAGGUUAUGACAAAAUGCCGGAAUAUGCUAAUUUUGCUAGCCUGUUAAAAGCUCCCGUAGAGGAUGCCGAAGUGGUGCUUUCUCACCGUUUCCCAAUGCCGCGAUACGUCGUAACGGAGCAGGGUGGAUCUCAGGCGCGGUUUUUACUGUCAAAGGUCAAUCCUUCGCAAGCGCAGACUAUGGCUCCUUUCGGCUGGCAGCAGCCGCAGGAGGGUGUAACUUCGGUGUUGACAGAAGAUGUCAAUCUACAAGUCUUUAUGGAACAUUUAAGGAAACUGGCGGUUUCUAGCAGUCUUAACCACUAAUCACAACUUUAGACUGUAUAGCUAUGAUGAUUUAACUUGUUAAGUGGACAAUCGACAUUGUAGUUCGUAAAUCAAAACUGAAUGAAUCUUUUAAGCUGCUACUUAAGCAUAUAAAAAACUGUGUCAGAGUUAUGCUAUGAACGUUUUGUCCAGUAACCCGAUUUGGUUUUACCACUCUUCCCGAAGCUUUGGCCAUUGACUUGUUACCGAGUGAAAGUGUUAUUUAUGUUGUAAUAAAUUUUUGAUUCUAUUUUCAGCUUUUUGUCAAGCAGUUCCCGCGUUUAGAAUUUUCGAACCGGCUUGAAUACCGUGUAAUACGGAAUAAACCUCAAAACUUGA